AUGGCUUCCUAUCCCCCUGGACAGUGCUGCGCCGCCACCGGCUUCAAGCACGAGGGCACACCUACUGGCGAAGACAUCAAGAUCAACGCCGGAAAGAUCGCAGCUUAUGUGGCCAAGCCCGCCGCUGACAAGAACAACGCAGGCGCUGGCAUUAUCUUGAUUCCCGACAUCUUUGCCAUCUCCAACAAUAGCAAGCUCCUCGCAGACCAGUUCGCAGGCGCCGGCUACACCACCUUGAUUCCUGACAUCUUCAACGGCGACGAGGUCUUUGAGUGGGGCAAGUAUGAUAUCAUGAAGUACAUUACCGAGGGCGCCGACGCAACAACCCCCAUACGCCCGAGUAUAUUGGCGGCGUGGGAUACUGCUUCGGCGGCAAGCGGCAUCAACGUUGGCUACACGGCCCACCCCAGCUUCAUCGAGGAGAAGGAGCUCGCUGCCAUCACUGGGCCUCUUGCCAUCUCGGCUGCUGAGACGGACGCCAUCUUUCCUGCCGAGAAGCGCCACCAGAGCGAGGUGAUUCUGAAGGAGACUGGUCAGCCCUACCAAAUCAACCUCUUCUCCGGCGUUGAGCAUGGGUUUGCCACCCGCGGCGACAUGAGCAUCAAGCACCUGCGGUUUGCUAAAGAGCAAGCCUUCCAGCAGGCCGCCGCCUGGUUUGACUACUUCCUCUUGUGA